AUGGCAUGGUUGCCUUCUUCUCUGUUUUUUAUCCCUUUCAACAAUGCCUUCAAUAAAAUCAUAAAAAGUCAACUAACCAUAGUUUUUGUAACCAAUUUAGAGCAAGGACAAAGAGUUUCUUGUGCAUGCAAAGCAAAAAAAGAAGAAAUUUAUGAUUUAAUGAUUUUAUUGUCUACUGAGAAUGAAGUUGUUGGAAAAGAAUUCCGACCCUUCAAGAAAAGUAGCUUUGACGUAAUUAAAGGCAAGAAGAAGUUAGAAAAGGCAAAACCAGAAAUAAGCGGGUUCUUAAGUCGUUAA